AUGAGCUCACUACGUCUUAUUAGCAGCGUUGUGUCCAAGCGACAUUUAAGUUUGUCCCCCCUAUCAUGGCGCGCCUAUGCAACGCCUGCAACUUUCAAACCCCAAGAAAAAGACCCUCAACUAGGCGAUUACCCUGACCUUCCAUGGGUUUCCGACCAGGAACUUCCUGCUAGAGGCUGGUGGGAUCAACAGAUGCGACGGAACUUCGGUGACCCGAUACAAGAAUACGACGAAGUUCUGUCCAUGUGGGGACCUGAUGCUCCCCCGAUUCCUCCGCAUAAGGCUUUGUUUCAGCUUUCUCUCGCCUUCUCGGCAUUCGUUGGCUUUGGUUUCCUAUGCAAGUACGCGCUCGUUCCAGAGAGGCCAACUGUACCCCGGGAAUACCCGUACUCCGGUCUUGUACGUGAACUUGGCGGACUUGAAGAAAACAAGGCUAGAGAAGAGACUGAAGAGAUCGACGAGUAA